AUGGCAGCAGCGUUACUUAAGAGAAAGGCCACACCAUCAAUGAUGAGGAGGAAGAAGGCCAAGCAGCGCAUCCGCAAAAAGCUUCAGCGCAAGAUUGAGAGAAAAAAGUCUAACUGGAAGGUCGCUAUAGCGAAGACGUACGACAGCGGUAACGCAAAGGGGAAGAAGGAUGAACGCUUUCGAGGGAAAAAGAAACGUUCUGGUGAUGAUGACGAGACCCACAGCACUCCAGAGGAUGUGGAAGAGGAAGUUCAGAGUGAUAUCGAUGAGGAGAAGCAGGAACGGUUAAAUAAGCAGGACCCGCUGGAAACUCAACUCUUCUUAAAACGACUUCCCCUCGACACAAGCGAGGAGGAGCUACUAAACUUUUUCCAGACGCGUUUCGGUGGCGUCCGCCGCGUGCUCCUGGUGCGCAACAGCCGAACCAAAACACUUGCAGGUACAGGCUUUAUACACUGCGGCACUGUGGAAAUGGCUGACAAAAUAUUUGACCACGCCCAACAGAACGCACGGGAGUUAUCAGCGAAUGAUCGUGCAGACUGGCGCGAACAGACGAAAGAUCUUUCACACUGUAGGGCGAAGCGGCUGUUGUUCAAGAAUCGUGCUGAUGCUUUCAACUCUCGUGAACCUUUCAUGACUCUCCGUGAGACACGUUUCACCGUCCAUCGCGUGCUGUCACGGAAGGAUUCACACGAUGCCACUGCUGCCCAGCAGAAAAAGAAGAAGCGCACAAAGGUGGCUGCUGAUGACCCACGGCACCUUUAUCUAUUGCAAGAGGGGCUUAUCCUCCCCGACACUCCUGCCGCCCGUGGUUUACACCCCCGUUAUAUCGAAAUGAUUCGUGCGGACUAUGAAUCUCGAAAGAAUCAACUGCGUGAUAGCAACAUGUUCGUUAGUACGACGCGACUUAGUGUGCGUAACCUGCCGCGAACGAUGGGUGAGAAGGAAUUGAGGCUGCUGUUUUCCACACACGUGCGUUCUUUCCUGAAAAAGAACAAAAAUUUUGCCGAUAAAUCGAAUUGGGGGAAGUAUGGCCCCAUCAAAAACGUCAAGAUAGUGAAGGACUCUGCGGGCACGUCGAAGGGUUACGCCUUCGUUGAGCUCGUUAACCACCCCGUGGCCCUCCAUGCACUUCGAGCCCUCAACAACAACCCGACCAUCUUUGGGGACCAUCGCCGCCUAUUGGUGUCCUUCGCUAUUGAAGACAUUAACGCCCUGCAGAAGCUUAAACGCAUCCGGGAGCUGCGCCGACAGCGUGAUGCUGCACUUCUCAACAAGAGUUCCAACAAUGAGGCAAACUAA